AAGCCCAAGGUGCUGGUCGCCGGCGGCGGGAUCGCGGGGCUCGUCGCGGCGGCGGCGUGCCGACGCAAGGGCAUGGAGGUCAGGGUGUUCGAGAAGGUGAAAAAGUACGAACCGUUCGGUGGACCGAUUCAGCUGCAGUGCAACGCGCAGGGAGCGCUGGAUUCGAUCGAUCCCGCGAUGGCGGAGGCGGUGACGGCGAAGGGGACGAUCACGGGCGAUCGCGUCAACGGGUUGCUGGACGGCGUGAGCGGGGAGUGGUUCUAUCGGUUCGACACGAGAAAACCGUGCCAUGAUAAUGGAUUGCCGCUGACGCUGGUGCUGUCGAGGUUCGAACUGCUGGACAUACUGUCGAACGGGGUCGGGGCGGAGAACAUCGAGAUGGGGACGGUGGUGGAGAGGUACGAACACAGGGGCGAAAAGGUGGUGGCGACGCUCACGGACGGACGAGAGUUCGAGGGAGACGUGCUGAUCGGGGCGGAUGGGAUUCGGUCCAAGCUUCGGGCGCAGAUGCGCGGCGCGGAUCCGGAGAAGCCGCCGCUCGCGUACGCGGGCUACGCGGUGUACACGGCGGUGUGCAAGUACUCGCAGCCGCAUCGAGAGCCCCAGCACACGGACCCGAACAAGGUCGGCUACCAAGUCUUCCUCGGUCCGAAGCAAUACUUCGUCUCGUCGGACGUCGGGAACGGCGAACAGCAGUACUAUGCCUUCUUGGAAGUGCCUCCGGGCGGGGACGACGAGUUCGCCAAGUGCGAAAAGUGGGAAAACUAUCGCGAGAUGCUCAUGGACCGCUUCAGCGGCUGGGCGCCGGCGGUCAUGGAGCGUCUCGAGUGCACGCGACCGGAAGACGUCGAGCGCCGCGACGUGAACGAUAUUCUCCCCGAUCCUCGCUGGGUCGACGGUCGCAUGGCGUUGCUCGGCGAUUCCGCGCACGCGGUGCAACCGAACCUCGGCCAAGGCGGCGGCCAAGCCAUCGAGAGCGCGUACGUCUUGGCGGAUGAGCUUUCCAAGUGCGAGGGCGGCAAGGGCGUGCAGAACGCGUUGAUGGCGUACGCGUCUCGUCGAUUCUUGCGCACGGCCUCCAUUCACGGCUUGUCGCGAUUCUCGUCGUUGAUGAAUACGUUUUACCGACGACACCUCGGCGACGAACCGUACGACUGGUACCCCGAGCCGGUCAAAAACAUGUGGAACACCGUCGCCAAGGCGAAGAUUCCGCACCCUGGCUCAGUGAUCGGUCAAAUCGCGCUCAUCGGCACCAUGCCCAUCAUUUUAGAGUACGUCGGCGCCGGU